AUGUCGUCAACAUUAACUAAAGAUAAUCGUGAUAAAUUGAAAUUAAUUGGUGCACAAAUAUUUUUUCGUCAUGGUGCACGAACUCCAUUGAAUAUGUUACCAAAUCUUGAUGAAGUAUUAUAUGAUAAAGAAUUACAUUUAGAUCGAUAUAAACCAGCUGAUUGUGAAAUAAAAUUAUUAUUAAAAGAUGGAGAAAAAACAAUAUCUGAACAUGCAUUUAUUGGUCAAGAUAAUGUUCAAAAAUUAAAUGGAGGUAUAGCAUAUUGUGGUCAAUUAACAGCAAUUGGUGAAAAACAAGUUUAUGAUGUUGGAAAAAAGAUUCGUCAAAAUUUAAUUAUUAAAGAAAAAUUAUUACCAAAAUUUUAUGAUCCACAUUUAAUUUAUACACGAUCAACAUAUAUUGAUCGAACAAUUCAUUCAGCUCGAUGUUUUCUAGCAGGUUUAUUUUCUGAUGAUGAUAAUCAAACUAUUCAAAGUAACAAUCCAUUUGAAAUUGAAAUUUAUAGUUGGAUUCAUGAAAUAUUAUAUCCAAAUCCUCGUAUUUAUCCAUUAUUAGAAAAACGUUUAAAACCAAAUAAAUUACAUGAUUUAUUAGAUAUUGAAGAUGAUUUAAAAAAGGCAAGACAAGAAUUUUUAGAUCAUAUUAAUCUUAAUGAAUAUGAACAUGGUUUUAUUGAAUUACAUGAUGAUAUUAAAUCAAGAGAAGCUCAUGGUUUUCCUGUUCCAGAUAAAUUAAAACAAUUAUCAAUGAAAUUUGAUGAAUAUUCUGCACAAGAAUAUUUUUUAACAGGUACUCAUGAACAAUCAACAUUAACAAAAGAAUUAUUUGUUAAAACAACAGUUGGAUUAAUGCUUAAUUUAAUUAAAGAAAAUUUUGAUCGUUUACAAAAUGAUCUAUUAACAAAAAAGAAUGAUGAAAUGUAUUAUAAAUUUUAUAUUUAUGCUACACAUGAUACAUCAAUAGCAUCAAUGAAACUUGCUUUUGAUUUAUUUGAUAUGAUUUGGCCAUCAUAUGCUAGUUAUAUUUUAAUUAAAUUAUAUUCUUCCAUUGAUGAUCCAAAACAAAUAUUUGUUCAUUUAACAUUUGAUGACAAAGAACAAAUAAUACCAUGGAUAAAUGAUUAUUUUUGUCCAUACAAUAUAUUUAUUGAUCAUUUAAAAAAUCAAAUAGAUGAUCGUGUUAUAUCAUAG